GAUCUUUGACAGGAAUAUUUUGCUGAAAACUGCAGACUAUUUGACAGGGUUGGGAAUAAGAAACGGGGUCCCCCUCCUGUGAGGCCGGGAGAGGGCAUAGGUAGGAAGGCGGGAGCUCAGCUGUGACGUCACAACCCGCCCGGGCGCCGCGCCGGUUGCCAUGGAGACCGCCCGGCCCGCCCCCCCCGCGCGCUCCGGCCCGGGUGCCAGCGGGCCUGUUGAGUUUGCUGACCCGGCCGGCAGGGUGCGGGCGGCAAGAUGCCACGGGAGAGCGGCUGGCGGAGGCAGUGUGAUCCCGGUGCCCCAUGAGCCUCAGGGAGUCGGGGCCGGGCCGCCGCCACCACCUCGGCCGCUACCGCCACCUCGGCCGCCGCCAUCACCUUGUUCCCCACCCCUCGCUAUGGCUGAAGAGCUCUCCGCGGCCACUUCCUACACCGAAGACGAUUUCUACUGUCCCGUCUGUCAGGAGGUGCUCAAAACGCCCGUGCGCACCGCGGCCUGUCAGCACGUUUUCUGUAGAAAAUGUUUCCUGACUGCAAUGAGAGAAAGUGGAAUACAUUGUCCCUUGUGUCGUGGAAAUGUGACUAGAAGAGAAAGAGCGUGUCCAGAACGGGCCUUAGAUCUUGAAAAUAUCAUGCGAAAGUUUUCUGGUAGCUGCAGAUGCUGUGGGAAACAGAUUAAGUUUUAUCGUAUGAGACAUCAUUACAAAUCUUGUAAGAAGUAUCAGGAUGAAUAUGGAGUUUCAUCUAUCAUUCCAAACUUUCAGAUUUCUCAAGAUUCUGUAGGGAACAGGAGUGAAACAUCCACAUCUGAUAAUACAGACUCUUACCAAGAGAAUACAAGUUCUUCUGGGCAUCCCACCUUUAAGUGUCCCUUGUGUCAAGAGUCCAAUUUUACCAGACAGCGCUUACUGGAUCACUGUAAUAGUAACCACCUAUUUCAGAUAGUACCUGUGACAUGUCCUAUUUGUGUGUCUCUUCCUUGGGGAGAUCCUAGCCAGAUUACUAGAAAUUUCGUUAGUCAUCUAAAUCAAAGACAUCAGUUUGAUUAUGGAGAAUUUGUGAAUCUUCAGCUAGAUGAGGAAACCCAGUAUCAAACUGCUGUUGAAGAAUCUUUUCAAGUAAACAUCUAAAGUCUGUAGACAUCUCUGCAUCUUUGUACCUGCAAGUGCCAUGUUUAAGGGGAAAAUUACAUGAAGUCAUCAUUUCAAUAACUUGAUGUGUAUAUUAAUAAAAGUAAUUGUCUAUCUAAGUUUUUUAAUUGAAAAAUAAAAGUGGGCCACCUAAAAGUUUUACUUCAUCCUCUUGGACAAGUUAAAAAAAAUGAAAGUUACAGUAUUACUUUAAAAGCGUGCAAAAGGUUGUACUUCAUCUUUUUUUAUAUUGCAUAUGAUUGAAUUUUUCAUUAUUAUGUUGCUUUUGAAAUUUGGUGCAAUUCCUCCCAUUUACUUUUUUGUAUACAAGUAACACAGCAAAUUCUGAAAGAUGCAAUUGAUGUAAACCUAACAAAUCUGAGCCAGUUGUCAAAGUUGCAGAAUGGAACCUUGAAGUGCUAAAUGGAAUAAUCCAAAGGAAGUUUUUAAAAAUACAUUCUAGCUGAUGAAUUCAGCUAUGAAAAAAUUGUAUUUAUGAUAACAUUUAGUAUUUUCAAAACUAGUGAGAAUUUUUUUUUUAGUAAUUAAAGUUUAAAAACUGAAAGAUCAUUUUAAAGAUAUUUUCUUUUUGCUAUUAGGAUAUGUCAAGACAAAAAUGUAUUUCUUGAUGGGCAGCUGGUCAUUUCAAUCUUGUUUGAUGAAUUUGUAAGCCUGAUACAUACCAAGCUGAAUAACAGUUCUUUGGCCUUGGAACUUUCAAUAGCCAGUGUUUCUCAAUAGCUAAGGUGAAACUUACAGUACAAAUUUUCAGGUGGUAAUAUAUUUACAGAGAAAUAAGAUGUUUAAAGAAAUGCAUUCAAAGCUAAAGAUAUAUAUGCAUACAUUUUUGUAUGUGUACAUAUAUACAUAUACAUCUUUGCAUGCCAUUUGGUUAUAAGUUUCUAUUAAGGAUUUUAAAAAUGGAAAAGCAAUAUAGGAUUGAAGUGUUUAUCUGAUUUGAUUAAAAUUUUAUAUGUCACUGAAUUUUUAAAAUGUAACAAAUGUUAAAUGAAAUAGUUGGCUGCUGUUACAUCUUAAAAAUUGAGUUUACACACAGUUAUCUGUAUAUGGUGCUCAUUUGUUAUUCUCAAGAAUAAUGUGCAACUGGUUGAUUUUUACUAGCCACUGUUUCACUACUUUUUAGUCAAAAUGAGAUUUGUUUGUAGUAUUCAGUAAUGGGAAUCCUAAAGUAUUUUGUAGAAGGUCCCAAAUUACAGAAUAAAGGAUGAAGAUUGGAUUUGCUUACAUUCCAUACUAAUAUACAAUGUUUAUGCUUUCUUUAAAAUAAAUAACUAAAAGAUCAUAAAAUCUCAGAAGUAGUUUGCUGCUAAUAUAUACAUAUAUUAUAUAAAAAGAUAUAUUUUGUUUCUCUUAAAACUCUUGUUGACUUUUCUACAGUGAACAUUUUUUUAAACUUGAUUUAAUAAAGGUGUUAAUUUUGGAAGUGGAGUUUUAUAAAAACCUUUUUCAGUCAAACAGUGAUGACUUUAUUUAUAGAUAGUUAUAACAAUCACACACAAAGCCAUACAUCCUAAUGCCUUUGUUCUGUCAUUCUCAAGAGUGAUGUUUACCUACAUGCUUAAACAUUUUCCCUGCAGCUACACGAGUAAUUUUAAGAAUAAUUGUACAAAGAACUCUUUAAAAAGAGACUUUGGCCAUAGUUUUUUCCAGUUUAAAGCAAUAACUUUAGUAAUUUCUUAUGUCCACCGUGUCCACUUAAACCAUUGUGGAAUUUGCAAGCUUCUUUAAAGAAAAAUUGUAGUCGAGAUCUUCUUGAUGAAUAUACUUUGAAAUUUUUUGAAUGAGUUACAUAUCAAUGUCAUGUGUGUCUUUCAUCUAAGAUUUUUCAUAAGGAAAAUAGUGACUCCUUUUCUCUGGGGACUUCUCAGAAUGGGAAUAAUUGUUUAAAAUCUUUCUUUUUGUCAGUGGGUUUGGAAUAGGUGAUAGACUACAGAUUUAAUUCAUGAUAAAUUCAUGGAUGGGAAAAAUCUGCUUUUAUCUGAGGAUAAAAUAGGGAACUGUUAAUACUUGAAUACCUAAAUUUCACAAAUCACUUAGGAAAGCUUUCUCAACAAAUUAUCAUUUUUACACAGUCUUUUUUUUUUUGGUACCGGAGAUCGAACUCAGGACCUUGCACUUGCAAGGCAGGUGCCGGGAACCACUGAGCUAAAUCCCCAGCCCUACACAGUCUUAUUUGAAAUGUAUGUCUUUAUUUUUCGAUUAAAAGUGGCUUUCUCCUACUUGUAUGUCUAAUUAAAAUUUUGUCUGGAGGCAAACAACAUUUAACUCUUAUAACUCAACUUAAAAGACAACCCAUUAUUUUGCACUUUAAAAAGGCAAAAGCUACCACAUGCUUACACUAUCUGUUGAAUUUAACUUUAUAAACUUGUCUUAUCUGUUUUGAGUAUUAAACAUCUUAUCUCUAAAAA